AUGUCACUUCCACGAGCAUGUAAAGCGUCAUCUUCUCGAAUUCCUUAUGGACACCCAUCACCCAGUAGAGGGAUAAUCAUAGCACGUAGAUUAUCUUUGAUGCCUGCAAGAUCACCUUCUUCCAUUCCUUUUUUCCUACCUCAUUUCGGCUUGGGAGGCAAACAUCAAGUGUAUUUACCUGAAUAUGGGGGGGUUGGAAAUGGGAAAGGAAAAGGUAAAGAACCAAGAAGGAACGAAGAGGAAGAAGUCGAUGACAGAGAAUGGGAUAUCAGAGUAGCUCGAGCAAUGUUGCACCUGCGAGAAACGCUUCCUUCAUUAUUCGAUGCAGAGAUGAAUUCUGCGGAAAUGUUUCCGCAUGAUAUAUUCAGCAGGAAUGUAGUAUUAAAAUUACCUCAGCCCUUACCCAUCAAAAUCUCAUCGCUAUCUGGAUAUUCAAUGGCAUUCUCUUUAGCACGAAACGGAAUGCAAGCGUUUCAUACCAACCUUCGAACGGAUCUUGAAAGGUUGACAUUUUCUCCUACAAUGUCGGAUUUGGCCAAAUCCGAUGUCAAAUCUUCUUUGAUACUGUCAAGGAAACCUGUCCCUUCACAUCGUCAAAAGCAAAUUAGGGUACAAGUGUCGAUAUAUGGAACACCUAGAUUACCUCCUCACAAAGAGGCCAAAUGGCACACAUCAUCCGUAUAUACUUUCUCUCCUUAUUCAGGUCUUAUAAGCUCUCAUGAGGUGGAGACUAUUCGACCGCUACCCGGGGAAGGUGUGGCCGAAUGGUUGAUGUCGAGAUUACUGGGUUGGACGUCUAGACAAACAGUCGAUGAAGGUGCUGUACCUUGUCCAAGGACCGUUGCGUUACCCACUCAAGCGGAAUUGGAAAGGUUCAGAGACCGUUCUGAAGGUGAGAAGUAA